UAUGCUAACACUUUCAGAAUGGGUACCCAAGUGAAAGAUGUCAUCAUUAAGCCUGACGCUCCCAGCACACUGCAGCUGGACAAACAUGCAGAUUACAUCGCUGCCUAUGGCUCCAAAAAGGAUGACUAUGAGUACACGCUGUCAGAGUACUUGAGGAUGAGCGGCAUCUACUGGGGGCUGACUGUGAUGGACCUGAUGGGGCAGCUGCCCCGGAUGAACCGCCAGGAGAUCAUAGACUUUAUCAAAGCCUGUCAGCAUGAGUGUGGAGGCCUCAGCGCCAGCAUUGGACACGACCCCCACCUGCUCUACACCCUCAGCGCCGUCCAGAUCCUUUGUUUGUAUGACAAUGUCGAUGCGGUUGAUGUGGACAAAGUAGUGGAGUACAUUAAAGGACUGCAGCAGGAAGAUGGCUCAUUUGCGGGGGACAAAUGGGGAGAAAUAGACACGCGGUUUUCUUUCUGUGCGGUUGCUACACUUGCAUUACUGGGCAAGAUGGACUCAAUCAAUGUUGACAAAGCUGUAGAGUUUAUCUUGUCCUGUAUGAACUUUGACGGAGGUUUUGGCUGCAGACCUGGGUCAGAGUCUCAUGCUGGUCAGAUAUACUGCUGCUCUGGCUUCCUGUCGCUCACAGGGCAGCUUCACCAGGUGAACGCUGACCUGCUGGGCUGGUGGCUCUGCGAGAGGCAGCUGCCGUCCGGAGGCCUCAAUGGACGACCGGAGAAGCUUCCAGAUGUCUGCUACUCGUGGUGGGUUUUGGCAUCGCUGAAAAUCAUUGGUCGGAUCCACUGGAUCGACAAGACCAAGCUGCGGUCGUUUAUUCUAGCGUGUCAAGAUGAGGAGACCGGAGGCUUUGCCGACAGACCAGGAGACAUGGUGGAUCCUUUCCACACUCUGUUUGGCAUCGCAGGGCUCUCCCUCCUCGGGGACGAACGGAUCAAGCCGGUUAAUCCGGUCCUCUGCAUGCCGGAGGAUGUCCUUCGGAGGCGUGACCUGCAGCCUGACCUCCUCAGCUAGCCCUCUGUCAUCAUCCCCCACACACACACUCAUUCAUACACAGCUGCCCUGCUGAACAACCCCACUCCCACGGCUGGAUGUCUGGAGCAGAGAGGAGCACCACUCAUCUUGGUGUAGCAACAGACACAUUUAAGAUGCAGGAUUCGGUCUCUGCUCACAAAGGACAAAGAGUUGUGCGCAGUUCUGACUCUUCUCUGAGUCCGUCUUCACACCCUCAACCACUCAUUGUGUUAUCAAGUCACCUUUGUCGUUUUUAUUGCGAGAGGAUGGUUUGGAAAAGAGAUGUUAUGAAGUGUGACCGUCUUUGCAGAACCCUGAAAUCACGAGGCAACGUUUCUUAGCUUUUUGACUUGCACAUGUGUUUCGUGUGCGUGAAUGAUAAAGGAAUAUUCAACCCGAUUGUGGAUUGAAACGGAAAAGCACGAGCACGUUUGCUCUGAUUUCAAUGUGUUGGGGCUUAAGACACUCGGCUGGUUUGAAGACGCCACAUGUUGUUUUGGUUUUGUUGACAGGUUUUGCCUUCUUCACGCAUCCGCUUCCCGAUAUGAAACAUGAGCAUGUGAAGGGGAAACUUCCCCCAUCCGGUUUAAACCAGAGCAGUCGUCCUACCACAGGGCUAAUAGGUUAGAACUGGAGAUGCAACACAUGACUUGUUGCAGACAACAACAAAUGUUUUUUGGCAGCAGUUGGUUUAAUGGGCGGUGUUUUUGUUUGAGACCCAGAGGUAAAACACAUUGCACCGUCGUCAUCGCUCGCCAAGUAUAUUCUAUCUUAUCCAGUCUCAGCUACACUAUUUAUUUAAAUCCAUGUUACUCUGCUGUUGUCAUGCAGCUGUGGGCAAAGGGUUUAGAUUUCCCCCCAAACUAAGAGUAAAAAGUCCUAAAAUAUUUCCAGUCUGAUGUUUUGAUUAUCAAGCUUUAUUUUAGCCAUACUAAUUCAGUAAAAAAGAAAAUAUUUCAGGAAUAACUGAUAGUUUAAUGUUAUAAUGGUGCACGCUUGUCUUACUAAAUGCAAAUGAUAUCUGUCGUUGGAUAACAGAAGGUAAAUCAAUCACAUGUUGAAUCUAUUAGUUCUCAAGUUGUCCUCAAUUUAAAUGACGGAUACCUGAAAACAUUUUUAAUUGUAAUUUAAACAAAAGCCUAUAAUACGGAAUAUAGCACAGCUCUAAAGGAACUGUCCUGCUUAUUAAUGUUUAACAUCUUAAACAACUCUUAUGUUCGAAACAACUUGUUGAACUAUUAGAUCUCUUUCUGUUGGGAGGCAGUUAUCCCAAAAGCUGCUUGCUGUUGGCAACUUUCUGUGUAUAUUAAUGUAACUUAUUUUUUAAAAUCUUGACUGGCAAUAAAUGUUUGUUUCCCCCUCAACAGGGAUACGGGGGUGUUUUGUUUUUCAAUAAAUAAGAUGGGAGAAUUUGUAAGUAGCA